GUGAAUUUUUCUUACCGAAUUUAUUUAAUUAUUUAAAAAUUCUCUGUUAAUGUUUUUUUUUUCUUUUGGAGUUUCCACAUUGUGCAAACUUUUAAUUCACCUUCUGCAUCAACACACAUGCGUCUCUCAAAAUCUCUCCGCCCUAGAUCCAUUUUUUCUCUCAAGCAGGCACUGUUAAACCCUUCGAUUUCUCCUCGUUUCUCCUUUGUUUUUUUCUUUUCCACGGAAGCUCCAUUUUCCUCUACCUUGUUUAUAAAUUUUCCUGCAAAUUUCUCAAUUUUACAUUUGCUUCUGGUAUUUUACUACUCUCUCUCUCUCUCUCUCUCCACAAUCUCUUGAAAAGGUACUUGCUUUAUGCAGAUAAGUUCUUGGUUCUUGAGAAAUCCUGGGUUUUUUUGUUGUUGUCCACUUGAAUUAUUAAUGCCUGAAACCUUCUUCUUGAUCUGGGCGCAUUUUGCAAAUUGAGGGGAAAAAAAAAAUCAUUUCUCGUUCUGGGUUACAGUGUUCUAGGGUUCAUUAAUUUCGUUUACCCCUUUUUGUCUGGUUUCUGAAAGUCUCGGACUUUUCUUGUUAAUAGUGUAGUUCUGCUCUUUAUAUGGUCCACUUGAUAAGCUGCGAGUAGUGGAAACAAGAUGGGUGGAUUUUAAAGGAGAUUUUUUUUUGUUUCUAUUUUGGGUGAAAUUAAGCGAUGGGUUGUGUUUGGUGUAAGCCUUCUGCUAUCGAAGAUAGCAAAGAUAGUCCAAGAGAGCGUUUCUCAAACAAAUCCUCCUCUGAGUUUAGAGUUUCAAGACCUGUUUCUUCUUCAAGAAGAGAAGAGUCUCUUAGGGCAAAGGAACGGCCUGAUGUUGUUAGUGUAAGACCAGCGUUGAGUAGUCACAAGCAAGCUAAUGUCUCAAUGCAUCUGCGUGGGGAGAAUUUGAGCAGUAGAAGAGAGAAGAAGAUAGAGAAUGUUGCAACCCCACACCUUACGAUGGGUAUUACCAUAACAAAAGCAGCAGAAGGAGAGUAUGUAGCAGCAGGUUGGCCUCCAUGGCUGGCUUCUGUAGCUGGAGAAGCUAUCAAAGGAUGGAUUCCACGGCGUGCGGAUUCUUUCGAGAAGUUGGACAAAAUUGGUCAGGGUACUUAUAGUAAUGUAUAUAGAGCUCGGGACCUGGAUCAGAAGAAGAUUGUGGCUUUGAAGAAGGUUAGGUUUGAUAAUUUGGAGCCGGAAAGCGUGCGGUUUAUGGCGAGAGAAAUCCAGAUAUUACGCAGGCUUGAUCAUCCUAAUAUCAUUAAGCUCGAAGGCUUAGUUACUUCAAGAAUGUCUUGCAGCUUAUAUCUUGUUUUCGAGUACAUGGAACAUGAUCUAGCUGGACUAGCCUCGCAUCCUGCAAUCAAGUUCUCUGAAUCACAGGUAAAAUGUUACCUGCAGCAGCUAUUACAAGGACUAGACCAUUGUCACAGUCGUGGUGUACUUCAUCGGGACAUAAAAGGCUCAAACCUUCUGAUCGACAAUAGCGGAGUUCUAAAGAUUGCUGACUUUGGCUUAGCGAGUUUCUUUGAUCCUAACCAAACUCAGCCUUUGACCAGCCGCGUGGUUACUCUUUGGUACCGUCCACCCGAGCUUUUGCUCGGAGCAACUCGCUAUGGAGCUGCAGUUGAUUUGUGGAGCACAGGUUGCAUUCUUGCUGAACUAUAUGCAGGCAAGCCUAUUAUGCCUGGUAGAACCGAGGUGGAACAGCUGCACAAGAUCUUCAAGCUAUGUGGCUCGCCUUCCGAGGACUAUUGGGUCAAAUCCAGGUUGCCGCAUGCAACAAUUUUCAAGCCUACACAACCUUAUAAACGCAUAGUGGACGAAACAUUCAAGGAGUUUCCUCAUGCAGCUUUAGCUCUUCUUGAGACUCUGCUUUCAGUCAAUCCGGACGAUCGUGGAACCGCCUCCUCUGCUCUCCAGAGUGAGUUCUUUUCCACUAGACCUCUUCCAUGUGAUCCUUCAAGCUUGCCUAAAUAUCCUCCAAGCAAAGAGCUCGAUGCGAGGAUGCGAGAUGAAGAAAGUAGAAGACAAGGUGGAGGAAACAGGGACCAAAGACACCAAGAAAGGAGAGGAACUAAGGAAUCUCGAGCCAUCCCAGCCCCUGAUGCAAAUGCAGAGCUGGUUACAUCAAUGCAGAAACGGCAGAGCCAGUCUACUAAUAGAAGCCGAAGCGAGAAGUUUAAUCCACAUCCUGAAGAAGUUGCAUCCGGUUUCCCAAUCGAUCCACCAAGGCCAUCAUCGCAAGCGUUUGAGCCAAACAGAGAAUCUCAGGGCAACAUUAUCAUUCCUCACAAGAGAGCUUCACAUUCGGGUCCUCUGUCACGUAGAUCUGCUUCCGCAAAGGGUAGAAGAAACUACCAAGAUCCUCAGAAAGUUUCAUCCAUAGCUGCUGAUUACUCGGCAAUGCCCGGUUUCGCUGCGACAAGAACAGGCGCGUCGCAGCAAGAGACUUGCAGAGGGAUGACUCGGCUUCCAGGUUCCUUCAAGGAAACCUCUGAUGAAACAAACCAAGAAGAGAAUGGUAGAAGCAACAAGAAAGACCCAAUUCUUUUGGGUUAUGGAUCAAAAGGGCACAAGAUUCAUUAUUCAGGACCGUUGGUGGUUCCAUCAGGAAACAUGGAUCAGGUGUUAAAAGACCAUGACCGCCAUAUCCAAGAAGCUGUGAGAAGAGCAAGAAUCGAUAAGGCUCGAGUUAGGAAAUUUCAAGCUGAAGAAGCAUCGAGCAAACAAGUACCAACCAAUCAUCCCUCGUCUGUUUCUAGCCGUUGAUCCAUCAAAGAGGCAAACGUAUAUGAUCAAACCAAAAACCUUAUUUGCUUGAAACUUUUUCACACGGCGUGUUUUGAAUGAAAAAUAAUGUAUUUUAUUGAUUCAAGAUUAUUUAUAUCAUAGAAUCAAAAUCUUGUCACGUUUUGGUUCCCUGUAAUAUCAUAAUUACUUUAUUAUAAGAGGUGUAGAAAAAUAUGAUCAAAAUUAAUUGGAUGAAUGGAGAAAAUUAAAUACUUUCC